UGGCAAAACUUGAAAAGCUGAUCAUUUCGAAGGAGAAUAUAUACGACGGAUAUGGUUACUUUUUAAUCGUCUCCCUCACAUCACUGUUAAUUUUGAUUGUGUACGCAUUAUAUGAUGUAUAUUUUGAAGGGGAUGAGGAUGAAGAAGGAACAGAAAAAACAGAAAAAGUGUUGGAAAAGAAGGAAAAGAAGUAAAAAAAAGUUUGCCCAAUUAAUUUUCUUUAAAUUUUUGUCUUGAUCUCGUUUUUCUUUUUUCCCUUGUUUUUUAAUUAAAUUUUUGAAGAAAAUUUUUGGGUGUUAAUUGCCAAUAUGGGUUCAAACCCAUCUUUAUUUUCUCAUUUGUAAUUUUUUGGGGGAUCAAUUCCAAAAGUGAGGGGUGACAUUUUGUCCCACUUUUUCGGAGUGACAUUUUGUCCCACCAUUCUCAGUUUUUGUUUUCUCUUAAUAUUUUUAGUUUUUCCUUCAUUUUGUGACGUUUUGCGUUACUUGCCAUUUCUCCCGCGGACUAACUGUCAUAAAUUUAUUAAACUUUUCGCCAAGCUAAAUUUAAAGGGGGAAUUUUUUAAAUUUUUACUUUUUUAGCUUUCUUUGAAGAGAUGAAUCACUUAUGAAAUGAAUCAUUCCAAUCUAAUAAAUUUGGAUCCGGUGGAUUCGCAAGCUCAAUGGUUCCACAAGUCCUUGUCUCGUGAAGAAACUGAAAAGCGUUUGCGUCUAUGCUCAAACGGCACUUUUUUGAUCAGGCGAUCUGAAAAUUAUCCAGGAGAUUUCACCCUUUGUGUAGCCCAUAAUUACAAAGUUGAGCACUACAGAUUAUUCGAAUCCUUAACACAACUUGUUGCUCAUUACAAAAGAGAUGCAGAUGGCCUUUGUCACAGACUUAUUUCCCCGUUACUUUGUGAAUCUUCAAAACAUGUUUACGAACCCAAAUUUUUUGAAGAACGCCGGGCAGAAUUUGCUAGAGCUGGAGUUUUGCUUUCAAUAAAUGAAUUACGUCUUGGAUCGGUUAUUGGACAUGGAGAAUUUGGAGAUGUCCUUUCUGGAACAUACAGAGGCCGUAAAAUUGCCGUAAAAACAUUAAAAGAUGGAAUGGGAUAUGAAUUAUUAAUUGAAGCACGUUUUAUGAUAGGAUUGGACCACAAUAAAUUGGUCGCAUUAAUUGGUGUUGUAAUGGUGGAAGAUACAAAAGAAGUAUUUAUGUUAACUGAAUUUAUGGCAAAUGGAAAUUUGGUCGAUUUUCUUCGUUCAAGAGGAAGGCAACAAGUUGAGAGGGAACAACUUUUACAUUUUGCAAUAGACGUAGCCGAAGGAAUGGCAUAUAUAGAAGCUAGACGUUUUGUCCACAGAGAUUUGGCGGCACGCAAUAUUCUUUUGGAUGAUCGUCUAAUUGCAAAAAUAAGCGAUUUUGGUCUUGCUCAAGCUGCACAAGAACCUGCAAAAGAUUCAGCAAAAGGAAAAUUUCCAAUAAAAUGGAGCGCUCCGGAAGCUUUGAGGCAUAAUCUUUUCACAAACAAAAGUGAUGUUUGGUCUUUUGGUAUUUUACUUUGGGAAGUUUAUUCGUUUGGUCGUGUUCCUUAUCCCAGAAUUCCAAUUCAAGACGUACUAAGACUAGUAGAGAAAGGCUACAAACUUGAACCUCCAGAAGGCACCCCAGCAUUUAUUGUAGACUUAAUGCGGGAUUGUUGGCUUUUGUCUCCAACAGCUAGACCUACGUUUGCAGAAAUUUUAAAUAUUUUAACGGAAGAAUGUGACAUUGGUGGGGAAAAUGGGGGACCUUAAAUUUUUGUAAAUAUUUUUUUUUGGUUAGUGUGAGAGUUUUUAUAUUUUUUUAGUUUUUUGUAUAUUUGAAUAUAUAAGUAAGAAUAUAUCCGAGGUGGGUCGAAAUUCCGACUUCCGACUUUUGAGUUUUUUUUGAUUUCUGACAGUUCCGGUUUCCGGCACCUUUGUCAUUUCAGACCCACCUUUGGUAUAUAUCAGGUCCGUAGCUAGUGGGAGAAAGGGAAGGCCCCCCACACAGAAAGGGAAGACCCCCCAGAAAGCUAUGGGCCUGGUAUAUUUACUGCAUGGCAAAGAGUCCGGCAUGUCAGGGAAGUAUUCAGUAUAGAUUGAUCCG